ACACAAAGCCAGAGUGACUGAGACAAACAGGAGAGGAAGAGGGAGCAGAAAAGGAGAGAAGCAAAUACAUAAAAAGGCACAGAGGAAUUGAUGGGAUGACAGCUUGGUGGCUGGAGACACACACUGAGAGGAAGAGGGAGGGUUUACGGAGUGGAGAGAGAGACAGAAGGCAUGUAAAAUAGGCAGCAUCAGUGACAGCGUAGACAAAGGUAGCUCUAGAGUGCAUGUGCGCCGUCCGUUUCAUUCACACACACACACACACAAUCUCGCACUCACACACCCUCGAGGAGAAGCGGCGAAGCUGUGUGGGUGUGAGGCAGCUUGAGAAGUGAUAUCUCUACUUCUACACACACGGUUGGCUGAUGGACUAAGUUGAUCACAAAUUACACACAACUACUGCUCACACACUCACCAGCACAGCUUCCUGCUCACAGAAGUCAACAUGGGUCUUGUGAUGGGAACCUUUUCUAUGCAGUCCAAGCAAGUGACAUAUCACAAAGACAAAGCUGAUGAUGAUUUGGAGAUGACCAUGGUGUGCCAUCGGCCAGAAGGCCUUGACCAGCUAGAAGCUCAAACCAACUUCAGUAAAAGAGAGCUCCAGGUGCUCUACAGAGGCUUCAAGAAUGAGUGUCCUAGUGGUGUUGUAAAUGAGGAUACCUUCAAGCAAAUAUACUCGCAGUUCUUUCCACAUGGAGAUGCCAGCACCUACGCACACUACCUGUUCAAUGCAUUUGACACAGGAAACACAGGAUCCAUAAAGUUUGAGGACUUUGUGACAGCUCUGUCCAUCCUGCUGAGGGGCUCCGUCACAGAGAAGCUCCAGUGGACCUUUAACCUCUAUGACAUCAAUGGAGACGGAUACAUCAACAAAGAGGAGAUGACUGACAUUGUCAGAGCAAUAUAUGACAUGAUGGGGAAAUACACUUACCCUGUCUUGAAAACGGAUGCACCCAAACAGCACGUGGAUGCCUUUUUCCAGAAAAUGGACAAAAAUAGAGAUGGUGUGGUCACUCUUGAUGAAUUCAUCCUUUCUUGUCAAGAGGACGAAAACAUCAUGAGGUCUCUACAGCUCUUUGAAAAUGUCAUCUAGAUGACAAACAUGAGGGAGAUGGAGCACCAGACAAAAGCACAGAAUAAGAGAAGAGGAUCGAAGAAAGAUGAGGAAAAGAGAUGAACAAUGUGCAAGAAUACAAGAGAACAGCUUCACUGGUGUGAGAAGGAAAAUGAGGAGCUUAAGCUGCCACUUUGGAUGUGACAGUUUGUCACAGAACCAGACAGAUGGCGUCUUAGUGUAACAAAUCUAUUGAGACGAAUCACUGAUUUCAGAAAAUGUCCCUCAGACGUCAUUUGAUCUUUCUGUGACUGUCAAUCUUGUCUUUAUCUCCUUUGUUUGUUGCUGUUGUGAUGGUUAUUGUGUGUCUUUCAUUCCACUGUAAAUAUACUGCCCCUCUCUCAUUUUGUCAGGUGUGUUAACUACAGUAUUUUUAAAGAAAGGGAUAAAAUGAAUAAAAAGCAGCUAAAAGAUCAAAUCAACUGACUGCACACUGCUCAGACAGAAGCACUUCUCAUCAUGAAUUUCUUUGUCAAUGCAGCAAACAAGAGAUAUUGUGAAGCAUGCAGGACAGAGAACCACAGCAUUUGUGUAUCUUUCCAAUAAGAACUUGGUGGAAACGUGCUCUUACUAAAUACUUACGUUUGAGAAUGCAGCCCGUGUGCAGGAUCUCAGCUGUUUUAAUACUAAACUCAGACACAAGUCUGAUGACUCCCAGUGUGUGAGCUUAUGUAGCGUCCAUCAGUGUUUAAAUGUUGUAACAACUCGAGUGUGAUGUAGAUAUUUAGCUGUUGGUUUUAUGGCUUCUUCUCUCUGUCUGAGAUCACAAAUGUCUGUCUGUGUUUCUGAUCCUGAUACCUGUCUGUCCUUCUGUCUGAUUGGAUAUAACUCUGGAAUUGCUCUGAUGCUAAUUGCUAAAUAAAAAUCCCAUUUACCGCCAUGAAGAUAAAGAUAGGGAGCAAUACAGGAAUUUGCAUGUGUUUAUGUGUGUGUGUGUAUGUCCUGGUGUUAAGGUCCUGCAAAGAAUUUCAGCUUGUGGAUGCUUAUGAUGCUUGAGAGAAGAAUUUAGUCCUCAUCUUUGUCUGUUUAACUGACUUGGACUGACCCAUGUUUCACUGUGAGGGGUUGAAGCGGGGAGGAAAGAUGAUUGAGGAAGUUCAAGAUUUGAGAAUAAACCAUAAGAUGAGACCUUAUCACUGACUCUGGAGGAAUGGAAGCCAUGUUUCAAACAAGAGCCAUUGUUCUGAAGAGGACUAAAAUAUAUAAACGAUUUGUUUUGCUCAUUGUGCCAUCAAUAUUGUCAUAAAAAAUGACUUGCAGAUCUUCUUAAAUGUACCCAGACAUUCAUCCAGAUAGACUGAUGGACAUACAGACAGGCAUACAGACAGACACCUAAAACAGUCAGAAUUAAAAUUAUGUGUGUAUUGAAAUAUUGUAUAAAAUCAUUAUAUUUAUCAAUAAACUUUUCAAGAAAUAAAAUCAGUUAAUGUCAGUUUUUUUUAGCAUCUUACACCACAUAUGUUGUUCUUUUUGUACCUCAUAACAGAGGGUUAAAAACCUUAAUAUCCCCUUCAUGACGCAUCGGAAAGCAUGAGCUCAAAGGGCCACAACAACAUUUUAUACUGUUAUUUAUACAUGUUCAGUUAAAGUACAAAAGGAGGUUCUGCCUUUUU